GGCAUGUGGACACGGUCCUCCCGGGUAUAGAAACACCCUCCAGCCUCUCUCCCAGAGGGCCCACGGCACGCCCAUGUCCCCAACCCCGCUCAGGAGUGACCUGGGUCGCCUCUGCACCUACUUGGAGGAACUGGAGGCCACAGAGCUGAAGAAGUUCAAGUUAUACCUGGGGACUGCGACAGAAAUGGGGGAGGGCAAGAUCCCCUGGGGGCGGAUGGAACCGGCGGGUCCCCUGGAAAUGGCUCAGCUGCUGGCGGCUCAUUUCGGGCCGCGGGAGGCCUGGCUGCUGACCCUCGGCGUCUUUCAUCGGAUCAACAGGAAGGACCUGUGGGAAAGAGGCCAGAGAGAGGACCUAGGGAGGGACGCUCCACCUGGCGGCCCACCCUCACUGGGCAGCGAGUCAGCAUGUUCUCUGGAAGUCUUACCUGCCGCUCCAAGAAAAGAUCCCCAGGAAACCUACCGGGACUACGUCCGCAGGAAAUUCCGGCUCAUGGAAGAUCGCAACGCGCGCCUGGGGGAGUGCGUCAACCUCAGCCACCGGUACACGCGGCUCCUCCUGGCGAAGGAACACUCCAGCCCCAGGGGGGCCCAGCAGAAGCUCUUAGACACGGGCCGGGGACAUGCGGGGACUGCCAGCCAGCCGGCCAGCCUCAUCCAGAUCGAGGCCCUCUUCGAGCCGGAUGAAGAGCGCCCAGAGCCCCCGCGCACCGUGGUUCUGCAGGGCGCGGCGGGCAUGGGCAAAUCCAUGCUGGCCCACAAAGUGAUGCUGGACUGGGCCGACGGGAAGCUCUUCCAAGACAGAUUCGACUACGUCUGCUACAUCAACUGCCGGGAGAUGAACCUGGGCACCGCGGAGCGCAGCGCGCGAGACCUCCUGGCCGGCUGCUGGCCCGAGCCCUGCGCGCCUCUCCAUGAGCUCGUCCGCCUUCCCGAGCGUCUCCUCGUCAUCAUGGACGGCUUUGACGAGCUCAGACCCUCCUUCCACUACCCGCAGGGCACCUGGUGCCUCUGCUGGGAGAAGAAAGUGCCCGCGGAGGUCCUCCUGGGCAGCCUGAUUCGUAAGAAGCUCCUGCCCGAGCUGUCUCUGCUCAUCACCACGCGGCCCACCACUCUGGCCAAGCUCCAGCGUUCGCUCGAGCAUCCCAGGCAUGUGGCGAUCCUGGGCUUCUCCGAGGCCGAGCGCAAGGAGUACUUCCACAGGUAUUUCCACGACGGGGAGCAGGCCGGCCAGGUCUUCAGCUUCGUGAGAGACAACGAGCCCCUCUUCACUCUAUGCUUUGUCCCCAUGGUGUGCUGGGUGGUCUGCACCUGCCUCAAGCAGCAGCUGGAGGGCGGGGGGCUCUUAAGACGGAGGUCGAGGACCACGACGGCCGUGUACCUGCUCUACCUCCUGAGUCUGAUGCAACCCAAGCCGGGGACCCCCACCCUGCCGUCCCCGCCCAACCGGAGGGGGCUGUGUGCCCUGGCGGCCCACGGCCUCUGGGAACAGAAGAUCCUUUUUGCGGAGCGCGACCUCCGGGAGCACGGCCUGGACGCGGCCGACGUCUCUUCCUUCCUCAAUAUGAACAUCUUCCAGAAGGACAUCAACUGUGAGACACUCUACAGUUUCAUCCACCUGAGUUUCCAGGAGUUCUUCGCGGCCAUGCACUACGUCUUGGAUGAUGGAGCGAGCGGGUCCGGCCCCGAGCGGGACCUCAGCAGGUUGCUGACCGAGUACGCCUUCUCCGAGAGGAGCUUCUUAGCCCUCACGGUCCGUUUCCUGUUUGGACUCCUGAACGAGGAGACCAGGAGCUACCUGGAGAAGACGCUGGGCUGGAAGGUCUCGCCUGGCGUCAAGACCGAGCUGCUCGAGUGGAUCCGCCGCAAGGCUCUGAGCGAGGGGUCCACCCUGAAGCGGGGCGCCCUGGAGGUCUUCGGCUGCCUGUACGAGCUUCAGGAGGAGGAAUUCAUCCAACAAGCCCUCAGCCCCUUCCAGGUGGUCGUGGUCAACAACAUCACCACCAAGAUGGAGCACAUGGUGUCCUCCUUUUGUGUGAAGAGCUGCAGGAACGCCGAGGUGCUGCAGCUCUUCGGGGCUGCCUACCAAGCCGAUGGAGAGGACGGGGUGAGGUGGCCCCUGGCAACGUCCCCCGAGAGGCACGUUUUACCCGACAUCUACAGCGAGCAGCUGGCUGCUGCCCUCAGCACCAACCCCAGCCUGGUGGAGCUGGCUUUGCACAGCAACGCCCUGGGAAGCCGGGGGGUGAAGCUGCUAUGUCAAGGUCUCAGACACCCCAGCUGCAGACUGCAGAACCUGAGGUUGAAGAGAUGCCGAGUUUCCAGCUCCAUCUGUGGGGACCUGACGACCGCGCUGAUCGCCAACAAGCACUUACUGAGGAUGGACCUCAGUGGCAAUGACCUGGGGCUGCCGGGCGUGCAGCUGCUUUGCCAGGGGCUCCGACACCCCAAAUGCAGGCUGCAGGUGGUGCAGUUGAGGAAGUGUCAGCUGGAGGCCGGGGCCUGCCGGGAGCUGGCCUCUGUGCUCAGCAUCAGUCGCCAUCUGCUGGAGCUGGACCUGACAGGAAAUGCACUGGAAGACGCGGGCCUGAGGCUCCUGUGUCAAGGUUUGAGGCACCCAGUCUGUAGGCUGUGGAUUUUGUGGUUGAAGAUCUGCCUCCUCACCGGUGCUGCAUGUGAAGACCUGGCGUCCACCCUCCACGUGAACCAGAGCCUGGUGGAGCUGGACCUAAGCCUGAAUGACCUGGGGGACCCCGGGGUGCUGCUGCUCUGUGAGGGCCUCAGGCACCCCCAGUGCAAACUCCAGACCCUCCGGCUCGGCAUUUGCCGGCUCAGCUCUGCGGCCUGUGAGGGUCUCUCUGCUGUGCUGGGGCUCAGCCCCCACCUUCGGGAGCUGGACCUGAGCUUUAAUGACCUGGGGGACCGCGGCAUGUCCUUGCUGUGUGAGGGGCUACGACACCCCUCCUGCAGACUCCAGAAACUCUGGCUCGACAGCUGCAGCCUCACAGGCAAAGCGUGUGAGGACAUUUCCUCCGCCCUGGGCGUCAACCAGACCCUCACAGACCUUUAUCUGACCAACAACGCCCUGGGGAACACAGGUGUCAGGCUGCUAUGCGAGAGGCUGAGCCACCCAGGCUGCAAGCUCCGAGUCCUCUGGCUGUUUGGCAUGGACCUGAAUAAAAUGACCCACCGAAGUCUGGCGGCACUUCGAGUGACAAAACCUUACUUGGACAUUGGCUGCUGAGUGGCUGAAGCUGCUGGUUCUUCACUUAAAGUCAGGACAGAAGAGGACCAUCCAGGACCCAUGAAUCAACGAUGAUCUCUGUCUCUUUACUUCCUCAAGAGACAAGAUCCUCUGCAGGAUAAUCUUUGCUGCUUGGGGUCUGUGCGAUCCCUGUGCAAGAGGGUGGAAUUUUAGUUUGGAGAGUUGGUGCUAUGGAGAGAAUCCAGGGCAGGGUCCCAGAUGAUUCUAGAACAGAAGCUCUCAACUGAGGGUGAUUUUUGCCAGCCCCCCCCCCAACCUCCCCCUUCCCAGGACACCCAGCAUUGUCACAGGCCACUGGACUGGGGAGAUUUGUUGGCAUCUUGUGAAGUCCUGCUAUAAACAUCGUAGAAAAUAAAAAUACACUGACAGUUCCCACGACAAAGUGUUAGGGAACUAUUGACCAUAAUCACCCACCUCCGCCAGGUCUGCUUGCCUGACUUCUCACAACAGGAGGUCCCGAUAAGGAGCUUGAUGCUGCUUGUUGAUUAUCCAUCUUAAAUAAAGCAGUAUAUUAUCCAUCCCAAAC